AUGACGCAAGGGCUCCACUUCAUGAGACAGUUUUUCAAAAGAGAUACCGUUGAUAACAUGCAACCAAUGGGAGACUCUAUCGAAGAGAUUAACACGAAAAGCGGAGUUUUAGAUACACUUUUCCAGGGAGAUAUUGUUCUUUCAAAGGAGCAAAAGGAUCAAAUUGCUGCAGAUAUUAGUAGAGCUCGUUCUAGAAGGCAAGCCUUCAAUGACAAAACCUACCCCGCCUUGAGAUGGUCUAACGGAGUUGCUUACAUGUUCUGGAAACUAGACGAAAAAACCAAAACUUCGUUCGAAAAAGCGGCGAAAUUAUGGAUGGAUAACACGUGCAUCAACUUCACGGAGUAUAUACCGAAAAAGAUGACAGCACCCGAACACUAUCUCCUUGUGAUCGAGGGAGACGGAUGUAGCUCACAGCUCGGUAGGUACGUGAGCGGAGGGCCACAAGACCUCUCACUCGCCGAAGGCUGUGGAACGAUCGGACACGCAGCUCAUGAAAUUGGACAUGCCCUAGGAUUCUUUCAUACGCAUACGAGGCACGACCGUGACCAGUUUAUUACAGUCGACACCAAGAAAAUCGGAGUAGGUGUUAUGAUAUGUUAUGUUAUCGGUAGCGAAACUAUCUAG